CUUGCAUACACUAUACAUAGUAAGGAUAAUAUCGACUUGUGUGCGUCAUCGGAUAUUUCGUUCCGUUGUUGGCAGAUUUAAUUACUUCUUCGCAUAGAGUGACAUAAACAAUAAAGGAACUCGCCAUCCGAGUUUUGAUUAAAAUUACGAACAUGUAGAGGUAAUGUGGAGAAAGUAUAGAUUGUAUCUGAUUCGAUCCUACGCCGUUGAAGCAUUCGGAACACUAUGUUUAUAAUUAAGAGUGUCUAUACUUAAAGGCAAACAAUGAGUAUAAUAGUUUGCGUGUCAUAAUCGGUGAAAUGUGCAAUAUUCUUUUGGCAUCUUUUCAACUGAAUAUAUUACUUUAAAAGUAGCUUAAAUGUAACCUUGUUUACACAGGACACAACUAACCACCACUGCAGCGUUUACAUGUAAAGUGUUAUAUAUGGCUUAUAAAUACGGAAAAAAACGCGUGUGUGUUCUGUUGGAACAUGUGAAAUUAUUUUUAAAUGUGUUGCUUCAUGUUUCACAAUUAGUAAACAGUUUGUGUAUACAACAUAGGUAGAAUCCUCAAAAGUAUUGUUUUGUAUUAAAUUAUUGUGUAGAAUAUUUCCAAUGCAUAUGUCACAUAUUUUGUCAGGCUUAAUGUUUUUCUUGUGGUGAAAUGCGUGCUAUCUUUUAAUAACGCUCGGUUCUACAACCCGAUGACUAAUACGAUAAACUUUUAAAUCAACGUACACAUGAUAAUACCAAACAUGUCGAUGUUGGAAAGAUAUAGCAUUUUUAUUGGAGUUUUGAUAAUAAAAGUAUUUGCUGAAGUAUGUUUUGACGAUUUAAAAGAAUGGAGUUCUUGCAGCAAAAGUUGUGGCGGUGGACAAAGUUGUAGAACGCGCUGGUGUAUGAAAUAUUUUCAUAUUGGGGCUGCGUAUGCAAAGGAAACUUGUGAAAACUGUAAUGAAAUAUGCCGUUAUGGUUAUGUUUAUUCUGGUGGACAAUGCCAGUGUCCAUCUUGGAGAAAAGGCUCGUGCUGUGAAGAUUGUAUGCAUGUCAAUCUUCCACAUUGUGUUCCUGGCAAGCAAGCAUGUGUUGGUCAACCAGAUGGAAUAAUGUGUACACAAUGUGAGGAACCGUAUUACUCUGGAGGGUUAAACAUGGGAUGUAUUGUUUGUCCCGAUAUCAACCAGUGCAUUGAAAGACAUUGCACUAAUAGAUACGACACUACAUGUAAGAAGUGCAAUGAAGACAAAGUCAUUUUCACCAGAUGGAACAGCGAUCGAGAAUGUCAACGAAUGUGUGCUCCCAACAAUCAUUACUGCUGGCCCGGAACGUGCGGUACUAAUGGACUGACAAAAGACUGCCAGUGUGCAGAAGGUUUCAUUCAAAGGUCAACAGUUAAUGAUAAUGAUAUCAAUGCAGGAGAAACAACAUGUCAGCCUAAUAAACCUCCAAAUAUUUUAAAGUGUAACACGGUGGCUGUCGGACCAAAUGGUGAUAAGAAAAGAGCCAAAAAUCCACAGGGCAUUGACUCGUCCGAUUGUGAUCAACUUUCGGAUAUGUAUGGCAAUUUCCAGCCAGUUACAAUGGAGUUUACCAUGUUUUCAGAAUUCAGCGUGAAUAUCUCCAUUUAUGAAGCUGUAAGACCACAGUUCGUUGUUGAGGAAAACUUUGGAAUUAGCGAUACUACAGUUCACGUUGAGGUCAAGAUCGUGUCAGGGUUAUCAACGACAAUAUCGUCGCACAAACAACUUUUGGACAGGAUAUCAAGUGCUAGCAUUAAUCACACGCAUGAAGACAAGGGCAGCAUAAUCGUCAACGACGCCGCGUAUGACCUUCAAAAUGGACAGCGACUGUGUUUGGUUUUCGAAGCAAAUGCAGGAGGGUUUUUAAGAAGCAACAAUACUGAUGGGGGUACUUCUGGACCAAUCCCUUAUACGAAAGUAACCAAGCAACGAACAGUAUGCUUCCGAUAUGAUGAUGCUCCGCCGAAACAUUGCACGGAUCUGGGAACCUGUUUGAUUGAGCCCUUGUCUGUAACGAAUCGAAUCACAAGAUCCGCUAUGUCAACAGCAGAGUUCGAUGGUUGGGUGGACCCAAUUCCAAGUGGAGGACUUUCUGGUACUGCCUCGUCGAUAGAAAGUUAUGAAAUUAUGGUAAAUGAAGUUCCGCCAUCAAAUGGAACAUUAAAGAUCAGCACUCAAAGUACAUUUUUAAGCAAACUAAAUUCCACUACCACCAACCUGCAGCUUAACUUAACAUCCACUUCGCCAAGGCUUUAUUGCAUAACGCUGGAAGUGAAAGAUGUUGCAGAUAACGUUCGCCAUGCCCGAAGAUUCCUGUUAUACGACUCCUCCAGCUAUAUUGAAACAUGGAAGGAUAAAACAUUCCUGUUUGAUUCAGCAUCACCAAGUACUAACUUCGUUUGGCAAACCCACCAUAAUACUAUUUGUCUCAGUUGGAGAGAUUAUUUCAUAAACGUGUUUUAUCUUCAUAAUAAUCUUCUAGAUCCGAUUGAGGCAAACGAAAAUAUUACUGGAAUGUAUGAACAGUCAACGGGACUUUUACCUGUAAGCGGAACACCAAAUGUUCAUGGUAUUAUCAAAUAUUAUGUCUCAUGGAAAAUUAAUGAUGAAGAUUUCAAUUCAGAAAAGCUUGUUCCGGACUUUCAGAGUCAGAGUUUUUGUACAAGGUUAAACGUGUCAGAUGGACAAACUUACACGUUCAACAUACGUCCAGUAGAUAUAGUGAACAACACUUACAAUGAGUCAAGAACAGUUAACAUCGACCGAUCACAUCCUCACAUCAACAGUAUUUGGUUGAAGAAAGAUGGAUAUGAGACGUUAUAUGUUCACAACAGCACUGACCUCUCCAAGAUGCAGAUGACCUUUGAUGCGUUGGACCCCCACAGUGGACUGCGCACGAUAAACUGGGUGUUUGGAAUUGCCGAUACAUCUACCGUGCUCACACAAGGACAUCUGGCUGUUAAAAAAAUAAAUAUGACAUGUCCGCCUGACUCUUCUGAUUGCAAUUGUCCAAAGCUAGGAACAUGUGAAUUUAUCCAUUACUCUAUUCCACUCAAUAAGCUGGUUGCAGAGGAUAAAAAUAAAGGAAACCAUAACAGAAACUACUUUUUCACAAUAACUGUUACCAAUAAUGCAAUGUUAUCAACGACAGAACAUGUUGAUGUUCUUAUAGAUGAAUCUCCGCCCGAAGACGGGGUAGUGUUCGAAGGACCUGUCGACUUUUAUGAUAUUGAUUAUACGAGUGACGAUUCUUUUCUUGUACAUUGGCAUAGUUUUAUCGACCACGAAAGUGGAAUCAAAUUUUACAGGAUAGGACUUGCCGACAUUUGUUUGACAAAGAAAGACUUUUACAACAUUAGUGAGGUGAAUGCACGUUUUACUUACACAGAACUACCUUUUCAAGAAACAUCUGUUCGUCUCCCUGCAAAUUUUACAGGAAAAAGAUUUGUAACAGUGUUGGCUCUGAAUAAUGCAAUGGAAGCGUCAAAUCCCGUUUGUUCUGAUGGAAUAACUCGCGAUAUGUCCGCUCCUGGAAUACGAAACGUCACGUUACAAAAUGCGGCGUGGUCCGAGAGUAUUGUUUGUCAUAAAGGACAACCUUAUUUACUGCAUUCAAACUUAAAGAAGGUCCCUCUAAAUAACACGAUGAUUUGUUCAAAUCUUUGUAACGCAACACUUGAAACCGCGAUAGGAGACUAUUUGCCAACUUAUUCAGCUGCAAGCAAAGAUGAAGAGAUUUCUAACUUCCUUUGCAGAAACCUUCCUUUCUACAAGAAUGAAUCUAUUGUCUUCCUGCCUUCUGAUCAUAUAGUUCUUGAAUGGGAUGUCGAAGAAAGUGGCAGUCAAAUUGAAGACUUUUUUGUUGGAUUUGGUUUAGACGCGACAGAAACAAACUCUCCGAGUUUGGUUGCCUAUAUGUCUACUCAGCGAAAGCCAUUUUUCAGGCGCAAACAUGAAGGAAUCGGAACUAAUGAGCUGUUUUAUAUAUUCAUCAAAACUGUUAACAAAGCUGGUUUGUCAAGCAUUUCAACAUUGGGCCCUAUCCUUAUCGAUCAAACACCACCGUUAUACAAUAAUAUUCCAAAAGUCACUUUAGAAGAAAGCCAUAUCAUGUUUGCCUGGGAAUUCAACACCUUUUAUGACGAUGAACAAAUUGCGCAAAUUAAUCAAAUAAUGUUUCAACUAGGCCACGACGAAAAGGCGGUUAGUCCACUUCUUGAAUGGAGAUUAGAUUCGUCGUCGCCAUGCCCGCCGUAUUCUGGAGGCUGCAUCCGGUAUCCUAUUUCUCGUCUGCAGAAUCAAGACACGGGUGAUGGUUUACAGUUCCAUCUUAACCUCCACAUAUACAACAAUGCUGGUCAUUUUACCUCCAUCAGAACUGAACAAUUCCGACUGCCGUCUACAUAUACACCAGGGCAAGGUAUUGUGUUUGAUGUAGACCCCGAGGAGACUAAUACAUCAACGGAUAUUGACAUCCACUUUACGGAAAAUGUUUUAUGUGCUUGUUGGAUGGGUUUCAAACAUCAUGAGAACGUUUCACUUGAAGUUGGAAUAGGUUCGAAUUCUACUACGGAUGAUGUGGUUGAAUUUAAAAGUAUUUCGUCCGACAUCAACCAAUUUUGUUUUAACUCGACAUCAUUUGUCAACAUUGAGGUUAACUUUUUCCUUAUCAGGGCGAACUGUAGUGGUGGGUCAACAAUAUCGUCUUCCAAUGGAGUAAAAAUAUACCAAAGACAAACACUGGAAAGUGAACUGCGUGUGAAAAUAGGUCCAAAUUGCCUUUCCAACUUUGAAUAUAGAACAAAUGUUUCUUUGAAUAAGUAUAGCACCAUCACCAUACUUCCUUUUUCUCUGUCAAUCGGACAAAGGUACGCUUUGUUUUCAGAAGGCGAAGGAUCGGAAAAUAUUGUUAACAUUAAUGGAAAAGAUUGUAUUAUUAAAAAACAAGCGAAUGUCUAUUAUUUAACACCAUUUACAGAAAAGCCUAUUCUGCAAAUUAAACAUAGCUAUCUUACUGAACAAAACUUGCUUUUAAAAGUCAAUAGAUGCCCAUUUGAGAGCAGCCAGCCAGUCAGCAACCAAGUAAAUAUUAGUUGGAUUCUUACAAACGUGACAAAUCAGGGUCUGUUAUUUUCGGUAGGACUAUUUGAAGUGUUAAAAGACAAUGGUUUUGUCAUGGAGAAUGAAGUAGUGCCUUUUCAAACACCAGUUGCUGCAAAUAGUUACACAUUCCUCUACGUUUCGUUAGACGAAGAAAUAUCUUAUCAGGCAAAGGUGAGGAUCUGUAACAAUGUGAGAUGUCUUCGACCAAUCAAAUCCAACAUAUUCACUGUUGAUAAAGAAGAACCUAGAAUUUCUAUCACAAAUGCGGAGCUCAAAGUUAAAGCAGCUGGGGAUUGCGUUCAAUUAACGGCGUCAUGGGAAUUAACCGGAGAUAUAAAACGUAUUGGUUUUUUUCAAUGGUCACUGAGUCGAGACGACAAAGGGAGUCACCUUCUCUCUGCAUGGAAUAAUGUACUGUCUACAGGCUCGUCAGACUUAAAGGUAGAGGCAUGCGUCGACCUACCGGACCAUGGUCAUGUACGAACUUUUUUGUGUGUUCGCGUAUUUUUAUUGAGCGGAUUAUCAAGUACGAAUUGCCAAAAGACGACAAAAGAUUAUAACGAAUCAUACACGAUUAAUACUGUCUAUGACUUCGAUACAUCGAAGGAGAGCUGGACACAAGUACAAAAGAUGUUACUUAGUUCAAACAUUGGACAACAGUACUCUCUACUUCACGAUUCCGAACUAAACAUAGGGAGUGCCAACUCAGCAGUAGCUGGUGCUCUUAUGUACGCUUCCGAACGGCCGGUCGCGUGGUAUCUCAUGAAGACGCAAAAUGUGCCAGGCAAUUGUGAAAACGACUUAAACUGUAUCGUAAAAUAUGAUACACAUUCUGGUUAUGUGGAAUUUAACAGGAAACAUAUAUCUCUUAAUCAAAUUUACUAUAUAUGUGCAUAUUCCAAUACCACGGAGGUUCACAGAGAAUUGUUCACUGAGACAUUGGGUGAGAUAUUAUCUUGCAGCAAUGGCUUUGUACUGGACAGCAGUCCACCAACAAAAGUUCAGGCAAAAGUCCAAAACCAUCAAGGAUUUAUUACAAAUCCACAACGCGUCUUGGUGACUUGGAUCGGAUUUGAUGACAACAUCGACGCUUGCGUAUUCGGAUACCCCAGCAAACUACGUGCUUUUUCUAUUGGAAUAGGCACACACUCAGGAAAUAACGGUAUAGCUGAUGUCGUAAGAACAGGAUUAGAAUCCUCGGCAGUUAUAACAAUGCAAAAACUGCCAGAUGGAAGUGCAGUGUUCUUCACGGUGAAUGCUACCGAUUACGCGGGCUACGUCUCAAGUUCAGACUCUUUGGAACUGACCAUAGAUACUUCACCACCUGCACCUGGCUCAGUCACAAUUCUGAAUAAUCUUCAAAGAAAUCAGUUCAUUAACCACGAAUUAGCAAGUUUCCGGUUCGAAGGGUUUUCGGAUCCACACAGCGGUAUAGAUUAUUUCAAUGUAGGCGUUGGAACAAACGAAGGAAUGACAGAUAUUGUUUCAGGUCGGAUAAUAUAUACCGACUAUAUGGAAUUGAAUCUCACCGACCUUAUUGACGGGCAUCCGUAUUUUAUUGUAGUGCAGGCGGUGAACCAUGCAGGUCUGAUUUCACGACUUGUAUCAAAAAGAUUUGUAUUGGACCGAAGUAUUCCCAACGGAGGACAUGUUCUCGAUGGAAUUAAAGGGAAGCAGGACAUAGACUUUCAAAGUAGCACCGAUGUAAUUCAUGCACACUGGAAGAAUUUUGACGAUCCAGAAAGCGGUUUAGCAUUCUAUAAAGUUGGUCUUGGGACAGAUCGUUAUGUAGCAGACAUAAGACCGAUGGUAGUUUUUGGAAUGAUGACUGAUGUUUUCUGGAAUGGUCCAUUCACUCCCGGGCAGAAGUACUUCGUUACUGUAGAAGCCUGCAACAAGGCAGACCUUUGUACCAGACGUUGUUCGGAUGGCAUAAUAGUGGACAAUUCCCCUCCAAUACGCGGACUUGUGCGUGUAGGUCCCGGUGAUGGCCAUAGCAAAUAUCUUGGACAUCGGUCGUAUAUACAGAUAAACUGGCAAGGAUUCGAAGAUCCUCAGUCGGGUAUAGAUCACUAUGAAGUUUGCGUGUCCACUCCGAAUGAAUAUUGCGAUGUUUUGCAUCGAUCAAACAAUCUUCUGCAUUCUUCUAUCAUCAAGUCAAACAUAACACUUCCUAGGAACACCGAACUAGUGGCAACAGUAUGGGCCUUCAAUCAGGUCGGCAUGAAUGUUUCUAAAACGUGUGACAUAUUUGUUGUUGACGACUCCCCGCCAGUCGUCAGAAAGUCCCCAACAUUUUUGGUAACAUACAAUUCAGCUCAUGGUAAAUUUUCUCAGUGGGAAAAAUCCAUUAUUCGUUUAGAAUGGGAAUUUGCAGACGACAUAAGUCCACUUGUCCGACAUGAAAUUUCGCUAAAAACACAUCAUGAAGGUCAUACCCCAAUCGAGCAUUUGAUUUUAGGAUCUGAACGCCACGUGACUGUCAGUUUAGAUGGGAAGAAUUGGCUAAAUGACGGGGACAAAUACUACGCUGUUGUAACGUCCUGUAAUGCUGCAGGACUAUGCUCGUCAGACAGAACGCCCGAUCUUUUAAUUGAUUCUACUCCACCACAUUUAGGCGGCUUUAAACCUCCAAUGACGUGGACACAUUUUAAUGAUUCAAAUGGUAAUAUAAUUACUAAUGUAACCCUUACAUGGUAUGGAUUCCACGACCAAGAGUCCGGAAUAGAACAUUUUUACAUAACUGUGUCGCGGUUUUAUGGUCUGGAUGAGCUAUCGACUGGAGUUAUUACUGUCUCGAACAGCAAUCAAAGCGAAGAAAUUCGUGCAUCAAUUACACUGUCUGAAAAACUCUUGGCUGACGAUCGUAUAGUUUUGUCAAUAUGGUCACACAACAACGUGGGCCUGAACAGUUCAAUUUCAAGGAUCACUGUCACUGUUAUUUCUAGCACGACCAGCAGCGGAUAUGGGAUUUUAGAAAUCGAAAAGCAUUCAUGCGACGUACAUUUUUGUAACAAGGACUGCACCUGUGCAGUAAUUGGUCGUCCAUGCGUAGAUGUUAGCACAAACCUUACAUGCAUUAACAUGUCUCAAGAAGAGGCCCUUGCUCAGAAUUUACCUGUAUUUAAUGUAUACGCUGGACUCCCCCACGAGGUUCUAAAUACCUCAGCGUCGUCAGCCUGUCUCAGCGGUCAUUGGUCACGAACCGAUGGUGGAAUAGUAUCGCAGAACAUUCGUCGCUUUGAAUGGAGUAUUGGAAUAUUCAAUAAAUCUGUUGGUGAUGGAAUCUAUGAUCUGCAACUAGAAAAUCCUUGGACAGACAUUGGUCUGAGAUCGGAAUUUAUCCACUGCAUGCCUAUCAAUCGUACGUUUAUCCACGAAACUGAAUACGUUGUGUAUGUGAGAGCAUGGUAUGAGGCAAACGAAUACGCUUUGUUUGAAUCGUAUCCGAUUAUGAUAGAUCAAACUGGGCCCAGUGGUCGACGUGGUCGUUAUAUCAGAGAGGGCAACUGUAUUCAGGACUUGGACUUUAUUGACUGGACGGACUCAAUCAUUGCCUGUUGGGACGGGGUGUUUAAUGAGCCGCAGAGUCGUAUUGAUCACUUCAGUGUUAGCGUUGGAACUUCUCCUCACAGCGAUGAUGUACUGCAUCAACAAGAUGUCGGACUGGCAACAAAUAUAAGUUUAGACAACCUAUCUCUGAAAAUAGGAACACGAUAUUAUGUUACUGUUGUAUCUGUAAAUACGGUUGGGCUACACACGGCGUUGGUUUCGGAUGGGUUUGUAAUUGAUACGGACAAUCCAAUUGAUGGGGUUGUAUUUAAUACAAAACACCACAAAAACACCGCUUUCCAGCGAUCAACAAACACCUUUGAAAUGUCGUGGCACGGAUUCCAAGAUCACUAUUCUGGCAUAAAAUACUACAUGGUGGCUAUAUUAAAUGUCAAAGAGUAUAACAGUACGAAUAUAAGCUUUACGAAUGUCGGUUUGCUGACCGCCUACACAUUCACGAACCAAAACCUCAAACACGGCGAGUCCUAUUCGGGAAUCGUCAAGGCGGUUGACGCGGCAGGACAUGAAAGCGUAACUGUAUUCUCUCCCGCACAAUUGGUCGAUGAGACCCCACCAAAAGGUUUUAAUUGUGAAUCAACACAACAAUUAUCAAUUGAUAUUUCUUAUAAAGUGAAUAAUGAUGACUAUGCCGUUGUUGCCAAUGCCACAUUUAUCAAAGAUAACGUAUAUUACAUAAGUGGAACUAUCCGAAGUUUAAAGUAUGAUUUAUACCCAGUCUUGACAAUCGACCGAUUCAGCGUACCAUUACCAUUUGAAAAACAAAACGGUGGAGCAUUACGAUACUAUUAUACCUUUAUAUCGCAAGUUACCGGAGUACAAUCCAUCGAAAUUGCGGUCGGAACAACUGUUGAAGACGAAAUGUUGCAACACUUAAACGUUGAAGAAUGCAUUUUGCUGUCUACAAAUAAUUCCAAUGCCAUUUCCUUGAAGCAAAUUGGACCUUAUUCUGUUGCAGUGAGUCUAUUGAUAAUGGAUGCAGAAAGUGAAAUCAGAACAGUCUCUCUUGGAGCCGGUACAACCAAAGGAGGAUUGCAAAUAAAAGCACUAAAUCAAAUUCAUCAUAAAAAUAAUGUUGGAAUUAUUUGUGCACAUUUCGAGCACGGAAUGUCGUUAUAUGUUACUGCAAUAGCUGAAAACCAUGCGGGACUCAAAACCGUGUUUCAUUCGGAGCAAGCAAUUAUUAUUGAUCAUACAUCCCCCAUUCUUCACGAUAUUGAUGUAUAUGUGGCCGUAGACAGAAACAGUUCAAUUUCAUUACAUGCAACUUGGAAAGUCAAAGACGAUGAGAGCGAUGUACUUUUCUGUAAAUAUGCUGUCGGAUCUGCAACUUUAACAGGUGAUAUUCAAGCAGAAACGGAUUCGGAUACACUGCAAUCUUUCCAGUCAGACCUGAAUAACCUUCAUCAUGGCGAUAUAGUCUAUGUUACAGUAAUAUGUGUGAACAAAGUUGAACUUGCAACAACAUCAGUAUCCAGUCCAGUAACCAUUUAUCUUGAACCACCUAUCAGUGCGCAAGCGUCUGUCCACUUUAUGCCCGUCAGUCAAGAAUCUACUUCACACAUUGACCCAUUAUUCAGUGAACCAGCUUGGCAGUCAAAUGCCAGCAUGUUGCAGCUGGAAUGGAUAAACUUUGAGGACCGUUCGUUGAUAACGUCGUAUAGAUACCGUAUCCAUAGUAACGGCCAGAUUGCUGUGGACUGGAUGGAUGCGGGUUUCAAGGAUACGAUUUCUAAUCUUAACUUGAAAUUAAUGUCAGGUCAGACAUAUACGGCUGAAGUGAAAGCUGUCAAUGGAGGUUACUUCAACAGUUCCAGUAUCCAGUCGUCUUUGGUCCUAGUUUCGGAACCACCAGCUCUUUCAGGUCAACCAGUAGCUGCUGUGUUCGAACAAGGUACACUCAAAUUAAACUGGAAGGACGUCUUCAACACUUUCCCUGGAGUUCCCCACCACUACAGUCUGGUUGUCGGGUCCAGAGACGGAUUCUCGGAUGUCACUGAAGUCAUCUAUACACGUGAUCACGUGUAUGACGUCAUCGUUCCGUCAUCAACGUUGGUCUCGCCCGAUCUGAGCGAGAUGUUUCUAAAAAUCACGUGUACCUACAGCACGGGAUUGUUUUCAAUCUAUAGCACGUCAUAUAAACUGUGAUAUAUGUAAAUGAAAAGUAAUUUAACUGGUACGUGUAUGUGUUGUUCCAUUAAUGAAAAACACACAAUUAUCGCGUGUUAUUGCAGCGUUGUGUAAAAAAUAUAAUUUCUUUUAAUAUUAUUACAAUUAUUGUUUUACCAAAAAGAUGAACAGAACAUAAAAAACACAAUGAUUUUGUUGUGUUCAAUAAAACAGAAAGAUACAUUUUGCUGUUCCAAACGAUAAGGCGUUUCUGUAUUAGUAUGCUUGAGUGCUUUACAGUGCUAAUCUGCACAUAGUUUAUAUUUUGCUUGUAUAACGUAUAAUAUUGUUUGUUCUAUGUCCUUUAAUUGUCAGUGAUGGUGUACCUGCUGCACAUUAAUUAUUUGAUUUUGCAUGUGUUUGUUUAACUCAAACAGAUUUUAAGAUAAACUUGAAUUAAAACUGUUGUUGAUAAGUUUUAUUUUUAGUCGGAUCUUAAUUCUUUAAGUAUAUGUUAUAUUUUAAAGAUACAUAAUCAAUAAAAGAGCCUAUUUACUUACUCUAUAUAGAUAUUACAAGGUAUUAUAUUUGUUUAAUUGUUUGCAAGUAUGAAAAUAUAUCUUGUAUGGUUAUAAAUAAAUUGUUUUUAUCAUUAAGAUGUUUUGCUGACUUGUUAACUUGUCAAUGAUACUGUGUGCUUGUUGUUCAUAACAUACUACAUUUUGCUUUUUAACAAUUCAUUCCGUCCGCUGGUGUAAUAUUACGCCUUCAUUACUGUUACAGUUGAGCGUGAUUAUGCUUUGCUUUUUAUGUUUUUAUCGUUGUUGUUGAGGUUGUUAAAGUGUUUUAGUCAGAUCUUUAUUGUUACACAAAUAUAUGUUAUAUUUUAUAGAUUCAUAAUCAAUAGUACAUCCGCUCCGUUUCUUACAGAAAUAAACAUACUUUGAUUUUAUAUAGUUUGAAUAGGUUUUUUUCAGAAUGAAUAUGUAAAGUGAUCAUUUUGUAUAGUGCGGUGUUGGUUUUAGUUUUCUUUUUAAAUUAAAUAACCAGAAUGCAUUAUA